AUGAUGAUGAUUAACUCUUCACCAUCAUCACAAACUGAUUCAGCAAAACGUCUUCGUCUGACACUUCCACGAAACAAUAACAAAGGAGAUUUAUUGACUAAUUCGAACACAAUUUCGCCAGGCAAACUUGAUGAAAAAUUUACUCGUCUACAAAAGCAAUCUAUCGAUUGUAAUAAUUCAAUGACUACAACUAAACAACAAUUGUCAGAAUCAAUUGACAAUGAAAAUGAUACGACCUUAUUGACUACGACUACUACGACGACAACUGUUGAAGUUAAAGUUAAAACAACGAAAACAUCGUCGUCGUCAUCGUCACGUAAACGUAAACUUGCAGUAGUCGAUGAUACGACAGAUACAAACGAUAAUAAUAGUGAUAAUAUUAACAAACAACAACAACAACAACAACAACCAGAGGAAGAGGAACAACAACAACGACAAUCAGUCAGUAAGAAAAAGAAAAAACAACGAUCGACAAAUAAUGAAACAAAUACAAAUGAUGAAUUAACCAAUAAUCAUGUUACGACUAAUCAUGAAACGCAUCCGAAAACCGUUGAUCAGUCAUCCGUAACUGAUGAAUCGUCUUUUGGUUCAUGUGAACCUGGCACUAAUGUCGUUCUACAAGGAAUUGUUUGGAAUGAAACAGACAAAGGUGUACUUGUUGUAAAUAUUACUUGGCGUGGCAAAACUUAUGUUGGCGCAUUGCUUAAUACAACUGAACAAAAUUGGGCUCCACCACGCUACAAAUCCGAUGUUCGUCCUACCAAACAUAAUCGACACAAUCAUCAUCACAAUCAUAAUCGAGACUAUUUGCUGACUUCAACAACAACAACAUCAUCAUCCUCAUCGUCGUCCUUGCAAUCCGCUAUUCAUUUACAGUCGAAUCAAAAUUCUUUAUCAAAUGAACCAACCGAACGAAUCUUGCGCAAUGGUAAACGUCGAGGUAUAUGCACAACAGUAACAUCAAGUACCGCAUCAUCGAAAUCGAAUUCGUUUAAAAUUCCCGAAGCACCGCCGUCGAAAUCCGAGGAAAGUUUACCAAUCGAGAAACUGACUGACACAGGCGGUGGUGCACCUUCGUCAUCAUCGACUAGUGUCAACGAUGAAGACGAAGUCAAUUCCAUAUCAGGAGAGAAGACUCUCGUUCGAAACGGUGUCGAUGAUGAAACAGGUGAUAAUUGUUCGAGUCGAAGCGUAAGUCCAACAACGAGUGGUGCCAGUACGACAUCAUCCAGUCCACCUCCGUCAAUACAAGAAAAAUCAAUCAUUUUAUCCCAAACUGAUCAUAUCGAACAAUCAACUCCGUCAAUCCCAAUAGAUUUAUCAAGCACCAAAGCUACAAUCAAAACCGAUGAAAAUUCCUCGUCAUACAAUAAUUCGGUUGUUCAAACUCCUUCACCGUCAAAAUCAUUAUCGUCGCCAACGAUCACCCCGUCGUUUCUAUCUUCGUUUACAGGUAAAGCAUCGAAAUCAAAAACCAAAGACACACUGUCUACACCACCUUCACUACUAUCGCCACAUCCGUUCAACAACGGUUCGCUUUUCUCGCCGCCAACUAAUCCAUCCAGUUACUAUCCACCGCCACCGGCGCCAUUUCUUCAUGGAGCACCUCAUCCAUUCGGUCUAUCACCAUUUCAUUCUCAUCAUCAUUCGCCAACGUCGUCAUUACACAGUAAUACUAACAAAAAUAAACUAUCACCAUCGUCAUCUGCUGUUUCUCCUUCAUCUUAUCUAUCCAUUCCUCCACAGCUUUAUUUUAAUUCAUUGACAGCACCGCGUUUUCCAUCUGUCUAUUCUUCUUCACCCUCAUCUUCCUUGUCGAAAUCGUCACGCUAG